GCUUCUCCUCUCUCCCCAGCAGAGAGGUUCGAGCUCAGAGCUGCUCGUCCCCAGUUCCCCCCGGCGGGAAUGGUCUGGUCCGGGUGUAAUAAUCCCUUCUCCCCACUUCACCUCGGCCGACAGUGACGGCGCUCGGCUCCGCCUCCGCGAGGCAAUGCUGUGAGCGGCGGUCGAGCCCAGCGCCAACAUGGAGGCGCCUCCGCGGAACCCUGGCGGCUAUUUCCGGUGCACCAGCCGCUUCUGGAUGGGCGUCAUCGCUGUCUCCAUAGGCUACUUCGCUUGGACAGUCUUUUUACCUUCAACAAUACCCUACGAGAAUCUGGGACAAUUUGGCCAUUUUACUAAAUAUUUAGUGGACAAGCACCCCAGACUGCUAUAUAACGGGUUUUGGCUUGCCUGGGGAAUUCAUAUAGCUGAAGCAUUGUACAGUAUCAAGUUAUGCAAGACCAAAGGCAUCACUGACAGCUCUGUUCAACGUCGAUGGUUCAUCCAAACCUUCCUCUUUGAGCACAUCGCCAGUCCAACCAUUCCUUAAUGCCCAGGUAGCAAUGGAGCCUAGGAAGCUUACCUAAGAACUCUUUGUGAUUUGCUAAGGAAGAGGCUGAAGCUGUCAGCAGCUGUUUAAUAUAUUAGGGCACAAUUCAGUGAAUAUGUAUGGUGGGAAAAGUUCCACAAAUAUUCCUAAACUACAUUUUAAACUCUUACUCUAUGACAUUUAACUUAGAACCACGCAACCACACUUAUUUUCCAGUCAGCAUGAGAUGAGCUCCAGCUUGACUACAUCUACCAGAAUAAUGUUCCAAUUGAUCUUGGAUUUGAUCUGUCUUUCUUGUUUUUCUCCUUCUUGCCUUCUCUGCUUAUUUUAAAAUUUUGGAUUUUCUUCCUUCUGGGUUCAUGGCUAACAUUCAGCACUGUGAUAUGUAAGCAAUGCUUUACUUCCUCUAAAUUGCAGUAUGUUUAUUCAUCUUCUGUUUACAUGUAGGAUUAUUAGCUGUAGUUACAAUUAUUUGUCAACUAGUGGUAUAUCAACAUGAAUUUGGGCAAAGUUUUAUUUUUAAAAAGAGGACGUUGAUCCAAUGAUAAUCUCUCACAUCACAAAAGUAAGAACUGUAAUCAAACAACAUGGUAUGUAAUGGGAAUCAAAGCAAAUAUUUUGCAAAAUAAGACAAUUUUUAGGCUGGUCCUUCACUAUAACACUUUUCCAAAAACAUUCUCCAUUUGGGUAAAAUGCUGAUCUCACCAAAGUAAGGAGCAAUAAUCACAUUUGCUUUAGUAUGAUCAGGAUUUGGCUUUCUGGGCCAGAUCCUCAGCUGGCGUAAAAUAGUUUCACAGAAAUCAGUAGAGCCACACCAGAUGAGGAUCUGGUCUAUUUGGAUAUAGCUUGCUAACAGCCACAACUCUGGCACUAUCCCAGUCAUAAUUGCAAGAGUGAAAUGGUCAACUCCCAUGGAUAUUAGCUCAAUAGAUAAAUGUUGAAACACCUUUGUAUGUUUUCUCUUGCAAAUAGAAGUGACCUUAAAUAACAUAGGUUGAGUGCCUCUUGUGUUUGUCAUGCUGUCGUACACAUGGCUGCUUAAUGACAGCCUCAGCAUAUGAUCCGUGUCCUGCUAGUUUAGCCUGUCUUAUCAGUAUUAUGGGUUUUUUCCCAGUCUGGAGGUCCAGCCCCAGACAAGGCCUGUGUAAACAGCACAAGUGAUUAUUUUCUUCCUACUUUUCACAAAUUGAAAUGAAGAUGAAUAAAAAAAAAUUGAGUUCAUUUACCAUCCUUAUUCAAAAUAUAAAGUGGUUUGCAUAGCUGUAUAAAGUACUGAACUAUGCAGCUCACUUGAGAAUACUGCAUCUUCAAAUAGAGAUUUCAUUUGACUGAAAUGUAGUCUUGAGCCAAAUUCUACUGUGGAGGUGUGGCCUUCCCACAAGCCAUAAGAGCUUAUUAGCAAAGAGAAGAGAAACCUCUUUUUUGGGAAAGAGAUCUGGUUAUUCAUUAACAGGCCAAUGCAAAAUGAAGUCCUUUCCUAGAGACCCCUCAAGUUCCUCAUGCAAACACAUUUAACAAUAAUUAUAUAAGCACUCUAAAAGUACAUACCUUUUGCAUAUUCCUGCAGGCAGUAAAGAAACAGUCCUCUUACCAACAGCCUAAGACCUUAGAGACAACCUUCUUUGAGCUGCAGGUGUAGUUGAUUUAACCUCUUCUUCUGAGGGAACUCCCCUGGGUCCUGGCUUCCCUCCAUCACUAGGGAAACUUGGAUGCAGCUGUGCUAUGACCAUAAGGUCAUAAGAUCUCUUUUGGAUCUUGAAGACUCCGUACUAACUCUGACCAGGGACAAUUUGCAUAUGCAGCUCUCUGUUGUCUGCAAAGGCAGAGCAAACAUUGAAUACAUCAAGCAGUAGAGAAAGUGCUUUUAUUUCAUCUCCAGAGUGCAGCUGGGAGGUAUGUACAGCUGGAGGGGGGUGGCAAGGAAAGACCUGAGCAGUGGUGCAGCAGAGGAUGGAAUGGUAGGCUUGGUAAGACUGAGCCUGAGUUAGAGGUCAGAGUUCUUGUGGAGCAGGUUGACAGAAAAGUGAAGGGUUGCAAUUAGAGAUCUCAGUAUGUGUGGGGAAGGGAUAGGGAAUCAACUGAUUGGGGAAGGAGAGAAUUGAUGGAUUGGGGCUACAGCCAUCCUAGAUGGAGCCAGAGGCUGGGAUGAUGGGAAAAGUAGGCUACGCCUCAGCAGAUGGUCUGGGAAAGGAUUUAGUUGGGAGCAGAGGAUGGACAGGGAUGAUUAAUUAUUUGGAGAUGUUUUUGAGAUUAGGAAGGAAGAGACAGAUGAAGUGGGUAAUUGAACAAGUGGAGCUGGGUGAGACAAAGGACAAAUGGAAACAAAUGCUGGAUGGAUUGACAGCAGUGAGGCAAAACAAAUGAGAAAUGGAGAGAGGAGGCAAAAGAGCUGCAAAUCCCAACAAGGGCUGAGCGCAAGACAGCAGAGGUUAAGGAUGCCUUGGGAAAUAACAGACUAUGGGAGCAAGAAGACAGACCAGAAAAGGGAAUAGAGAGCAGAAGGGGAGCCAUGGAAAUUAUCUUACAUUAUAUGGAAGGGAGAGGCAAAGAAGUGCGUGCAGGGGUGGGGGGAAGAGUGAAUGCAGGGAUGUGUCAAACAGAAGAAAGGAGGGUAAGAGGGACAGAAAUCAUGGAAGGUGGAGCUUUAGAGCACAGGGAAAACGUCAAUCUGCAGGAAAAACAGACCCAAGGAAGAGAGGCAUAGGAAGAACAAAGGUCACACAAAGAAAGACCACACCAGGAAGACCCAACAAAUUUGACAUCUGUUUUGACUGAUUAACAGAAAGCACUGUGCCAAAAUUUGACAUAUGGCCAGUCUUUUACUUGCAUAUUAUGAGAAGGGAACCAGGCUUGGAAGCCUAGCUUUCCCAUGUGCAGUAAGGGGAUAAGCUGGCUUUGGUGACAAGAAACGGAUAAUUUUUACAUUUGAUUUUUGUCCAGUUGUAUCUAAUGACAGUGACAUGGGGCUUUUAAAGCCUGGGCUUUUUAACUGUAUAUUUCUUGGCAUUUAAUAGACCAUGAUUUGCCCUGGGAAGUUAUGCUAGACAUCAAAAUAAAAAGAGUGAGUAGGUCUUCUAAAAAUGCAGAAAAUUGCACUUCAUAUUUCAGAGUUUAGCAGCCCUCCUGAGCGCCCCAUGUAAAUGUGCACUGCCUCCCACCCCCACAGCCUCUUUGCUUUGGUUUACUCACCAUGAGCUACAGUAAAGAAAUUGUGUGCACACUGGAAGUCUGAACUUGAACCUCACCCGCUCAGACAACACGGAGGGCUCUGUAGGGUGCAGCAUGGGUUGCUGUGACUCACUUUAAUAGAUGGCUGUGGCCUGAUCAGAGCCAGCGAUCAAGCAGUCACCAAAAGCUUCAGUAAGAUGGCUAACAAUGGACAGAAACUGAAUAUCCGGCCAGGUCACCUUAAAGACCUAGCUACAGAGCAGUCUGGGUGGUGGUGCUCAAUCCUUUUGGGAUUUGCCAUGAUGAUAAUAAUGUGGCUGGAUUAGGGUGGGAGUGGGAAUUGAGAGGUGAAUUCUAUCAAUAGCCCCGGACACUUUUCAGAAUACUCCAUUAGCUCUGGAACAUUGCCUUCUUUUACAGUAUUAUGGCAGCAAAACGUUAUCACACAAUAGCUGUCUGGGUAGACAUGUCCACGCCCUAUCCUGCCUUUUGGAAUGGGCACCAGUGGGCUUUUGCCAGCUGUUCCAGCACUAGAACAACUCUCUUGUCCUGUAGGACAGUAGGUCUUAUGUGAGCCAUUUUGCUGUCAGGCUGGGGCCAGCUCCCUGCACUGAAAGUCAAAAAGUGGCUGUGCCCUCCACAGAUUUCAAUUAACGGGCAGUCCCGAGAGCCACAAGUUAUUUCUCCAGUGGGUGCAGUUAGUCCCAGCCCCAGUCUGGACACCCUGCAAGUCAGUUUGGCAACGUAGAUAGACACAAGGCUCUUCAUUCCGUGUCAUUUGCAGCUAGUACCUCAGACUGCUGGCAAACGCUUCUAUCCUGUUCCCUUCCAAGCUGCCAGAGAACUGGGGGAGACUACAGCACCCUGAGGUGCUGGAAAAUGGCUACUGUGCCCCAUGGAACAGUGCAUUAUAGUAUUUGCCAAUGAAAGCCUAGAACAGUGGUCCCCAGUGCGGUGCCCAUGGGUGCCACAGUGCCCGCCGGGGCAUUUA